AUGUCAAGUCGAACUACUGCCGGAGGUAUUGGUUUCGCGGUUAUGCAAAAGCAAGCCUCAAAAUACAACGAGCAAGAAGGACAAGCGCUUCUGGAAUGGAUCAAAAAAUUAAGCGGCGAAAACAUCAACACAAGUGGUGAUCGAGAAAAUUUUCUCAGUCUUCUCAAGGAUGGCACUCUUUUAUGCAAAUUGGCAAAUGCACUUGAAGCAAAUUCAGUAAAAAAAAUUCAAAAGCCUAUCUCAAAUUUUGCUUGCAUGGAGAAUAUAAAUUCUUUUGUGAAUGCUGCUAAGAAGCUUGGUGUACCUACGGAGGAAACUUUUCAAAGUGUUGACCUUUUCGAAGGACGUGACCUUUUUUCUGUCUGUGUCACACUCUUGUCGCUCGGUCGACUUGUAAGUCGUUUUUAUUAUUUUUAG